AUGCCGUUGGCCUUGCUUGAUUAUUUAUUUUAUUUUAAAAAUUUUGUUUCUCUCUCUUUUUCUUGUUAUUAAUAAAAGGCCAUGGGGAGAAUAGCAAGUGAUAUUCAAACAUAAGCCAAAGAAAGGUAUAGAAGCAAAACCAAAAAUGCCUACUUCACAGUCACACUGAGGAAGAAAAACAGUGACCAAAUAUAUCAGAAAAAAAAGCCAAACCGAAGCUGUUUCUUUCCCCUUGUCGUUGUUUGUUUCUUGUUCCAAAUAGUAUAUAUUCAUAUGGAGGUGUUUUUACAGUACUGGUUGAAGCUGGUUAUGAUAUGCUUGAUGGUGUCAGUUUUGGUGUUAAAAAUAGCAGUGUUGCUUUGGUGGAGACCUAAGAAGAUUGAACAACAUUUCUCAAGGCAAGGGAUCAAAGGACCACCUUAUCAUUUCUACACUGGAAAUGUUAAGGAAGCUAUGGCCAUGAUGUUAAACGCUUGUUCACAACCUAUGCCUUUAUGUCACAACAUUCUCCCCAGAGUCUUGGCUUUUUACCACCAUUGGAACAAAAUUUAUGGUACUCUUUUUACUCUUUUUAUCAUUAUAUCUUGUCUCUUUUGUAGUAAUGGUUGCUGUAUGUUGUUAAUGCAGGCGGAAUGUUUCUGGUGUGGUUCGGUCCGACGGUUCAGGUGACAGUGUCGGAUCCUGACAUGAUAAGGGAAAUCUUGAGUUCCAAGUCUGAAUUGUAUGAAAAGAAGGAAGGUCAUCAUUUGAUAAAACGGCUAGAAGGUGAUGGCUUACUUAGUCUCAAUGGUGAAAAAUGGGGUCAUCAUAGAAAAACCAUAACUCCCAUUUUCCAUAUGGAGAAUCUUAAACUGCUGGUGCCGAUGGUGGUACAAAGUGUGAGUGAAAUGGUAGAGAAAUGGGGGAGGAGCAGAUCCGGGGAGAUUGAAAUUGAAGUUUGCGAAUGGUUUCAGAGACUUACGGAAGAUGUGAUAAUGCGUACGGUGUUUGGGAGCUGCUAUGAAGAUGAUGAUGGGAAAGCCAUUUUUCGUUUACAAGCACAACAAAUGGUGCUUGCUGCUCAGGCUUUGCGAAUUAUUUCCUUACCUGCCUAUAGGUAA